UAAAUUUCUAGAUUCGCCUAUAUGCACUACAACAUGUAAUCAGAGAAAAUAGAAACGUGUUGCAUUUAAGAAAGAUCAACUAUACCCAUAACUAUUUUCACCAUUUGAUAUAUCGCGAUUAAGAUGGACGUGAAUGAACAUGUGAAAUUGGUUCCAAUAGCCAAUGUGGGAAGGAUAAUGAAACAAAUCCUGCCACCAACUGCCAAAAUCUCCAAAGAAGCUAAAGAGACAAUUCAAGAAUGUGCAUCAGAGUUUAUAAGUUUUGUUACUGGGGAAGCAUCUGACAAGUGUCACAAGGAGAAUCGAAGGACGGUUAAUGGAGAUGACAUCUGUUGGGCUCUUAGUUCACUUGGUUUUGACAACUAUGCCGAAGCCAUGUUGAGGUACUUGUAUAAAUUAAGGGAGUUUGAAAGACAAAGAGCAAAUCAGACCAAAGGUUCAAAUGAUGAAGAUACAGAUCAUGAAGCUGCAAGUGAAUCUGAGAAUCAAGAAAUUAUCACUACUCCUCCAGCUCGAUAAGAGCUUAACUUAAAGUAUAAUGGAAAACUCUUACUGAAAGAUUCGGACCAUUUUUUUUGGUUCAUGCUAAUCUUCUCUGUGUUGUUCCAAAUCUGUGAAAGAAUCGGCUAUAUGGAGCUUUGUCCGACUAGAGACAAUCUUCUAAUUAUAAUCAUUAUUCACAGGUGUUUCUACUUCUUUUUGGAUCUUUCUUUUUUGUUUUCCUUCACUUCAGCUGCAAGUUCAUAUAUGGAUCUAGGGUUUGGAGUUUCUGAAUAUGUUCUAAUUUUCAAUAAGCAGCUAGAGUAUAUCAGGAGAAUUGGAGCGUACUGUGUAUUAAUCAAUGAUUCCAUUUUCCCCCUCUCUUUUAGCUAUAUCCAAUAA